AUGGGGGAUGUUUUUACAAAAAAUGGCUUUAAAGGUUGGAACAAGGCUAUAGAAAGAUUUAGAGCUCAUGUUGGAGAGAAAGAUAUUGUUGAUGUUUGUGCCAAAGAAGCAAUCAAAGCUAUCAUUGAAGACUUGGAUGGGGAUUUUUUCGGGAUACUAGUUGAUGAAUCAAAGAAUAUAUUGCACAAGGAGCAAAUGACACUUGUUUUGAGAUAUGUUAACAAAGAAGGCGAAGUAAUUGAGAGAUUUGUUGGUAUUGUUCAUGUCAAUAAUACAUCUUCUCAAUCAUUGAAGAAGGAAAUCGACUCUUUUCUUUCGUAUCACUCAUUAAGUCCAUCUCAAAUACGUGGGAAAGGUUAUGAUGGAGCUAGUAACAUGCAGGGAGAGCUACAUGGUCUUAAGACUUUGAUUCUGAAUGAAACUCCAUCGGCGUAUUGCAUUCAUUGUUUUACCCACCAAUUGCAGUUAACACUUGUGGCUCUUGCAAAGAAGCAUUCAGAUGUAGAUGACUUUUUUUGUAUAGUUACUAAUGUGUUAAAUAUUGUUGGAUCAUCUUUUAAGCGCAGGGAUUUGCUUCGACAACAUCAAGUUAAAAAAUUAGAUGAGUUGCUCAUAUCAGGUGAGGUGCAUACUGGACGAGGACUAAAUCAAGAACGUGGGCUUCAACGACCAGGUGAUACUCGUUGGGGUUCUCAUUAUAGAACGUUAAAUAACCUCAUUGUCCUAUUUUCAUCAAUUAUUCAUGUUCUUAAAUUUGUUGCUCUUGAGGGUCCAAAUUAUGCCGAUAGACUUGUUGCUGAAAGUCUUAUGACUAAGAUUAAGGAAUUUGAAUUUGUUUUUAUGUUGCACUUGAUGUGGAAAGUUCUAAUGAUGACAAAUGAUUUGAGCUCCUCAUUACAAAGGAUGGAUCAAGAUAUUGUCAAUGCUAUGGGACUCCUCACUCAUACAAAGCAAAGAUUACAAAGGAUGAGGAAUAGUGAAUUUCAAUCAUUAAUGGAUGAUGUCUCUUCAUUCUGUGAUAAACAUGAGAUAAUGAUCCCGAAGAUGGAUGCUCUCUAUUUUCCUGGCAAGUCAAAGCGUAGAGCUCUUGAUGUUACAUACUCUCAUCACUUGCAUGUUGAGAUAUUUAAUGGUGUUAUUGAUUUGCAUCUUCAAGAGCUUAGAAGUCGUUUUGAUGUCGUGAGUACCGACUUACUUCUCGGUAUGGCUAGUUUAAAUCCACUUAAUUCAUUUGGUAAUUUUGAUAAGAACAGGAUAAUGAAGUUGGCUGAAUAUUAUCCCAAUGAGUUUGAUAGCAACAAGCUUCGGGAUCUUAGUUUCCAGCUUGAUAGUUUUGUAGUUUAUGCUCGUGGUCAUGACAAGAGGUUCUUCAACAUGAAGGGAAUUAGUGACCUUUCUAAAGUAUUGGUUAAGUCAGACCUGCGUUAA